CCAUGUAGCACCGGUUUCAUAUGUGUAACGAGAGACUGUUCUCGUGCUCAUUCUAAACAGUCUGUGAUUUCAGCUGAGAACCAGCUGACUUCAGCAACAGAGGCGUCAUCAAAGUAACAAGAGAUUUAGGACAAUAAAUACCCACAGUAAGGCUGGAGAGCUGGGAGCAAGCAAUUUCACCUUUGAUGGACUGUUUCCCGCCAUGUUUUAAGAUCUUUGCUAUCAGAGCUUCUCUCUUCCAACAUUCUAGUUCCGAGGCAGAAUUCUCUCUUCGACUUCAGGCUGCCAGAGCCUUCGGCUUAAAGAGUGCCAGGAUGAAACUGAAGGAAGGGUCGUUUCUGUGGUACCUCUAUCUGGACAAACUGUACUGCCUGUUAUCCGUGAGGAACGUGAAGGCCCUGGUGGACUACUUCCACCUUCUGGAUGUGCACCGCAAGAACACCCUGAAUGAUGUGCUGUUCUAUCACUUCCUUCACCAUGUGACUACCUUGACACGGAGACAGAUCAACAUUGUGUUUAACAUGCUGGACUGGAGUGCGAUGGGUGAGAUUGGUUUUGACCAGUUCUACAUGCUGGUCUGCAUACUGCUGGCACGAGAGAACCAGCUGGAAGAACAAUUUAUGUUCCGCCAUUCCCGGCCCGUUUUUGAGCUGCUGGACCUAGAUGGGGAGCUGAAAAUUGGUGCGGACAACUUCCAUAUGUACAACUUUCUCUUCAACAUUAAGAGACAGGAACUCAGAGAGCUCUACCAUGACUUUGACAUCACUGGUGACCGUCUUCUUAAUUACAAGGAAUUUAAGCUGUUUACUAUGUUCUCCAUGGACAAAUACCAAGAGAGGCAGAAAGCAGAGAAAGAGAAAGAGAAAGAGAAAGACAAAGACAAAGUUCUGCUCAAAAAGAAAAGGUCACAACAAGUUAACAUGAGCCCAAACACGUCUUUUUGGAAUAAAUGGAUCAGGAAGUAGAA